AUGCCUGUCGAGACGCCGUGUCACGUGCACCAUGGCCCUCUGCCGUCGUCCGCGCCGCUCUCGGUAGCCGCGCCGACGCCGACGCAACCCGAACCCGUGCCCGACGACUGCGGUGCCGCCUUUGGCGGCGCCUCCGUUGCCGUCAGCUUCCGACCCGUGCUCGAUGACUGCUGCGUUGCCCUCUGGAGCACCUGCGGCGCCCGACCAACGACCGACGACGGCUCCCGACCCGUGCUCGACGACUGCUGCGCUGCUCUGUGUAGCGCCUGCGGCGCCCGACCGACGACCGACGACUGAUGCACCACCGAUGGCGGCGCCUCCGUUGCCGACAGCUGCGAACCCGUGCCUGCGGGCUGCCAAGCCUCCGCUGGAGGUGUGGCCCCUGCUCAAGUUCCCGCAUGCAGCUCGCUGGCUGCCUCGUGCGAUGCCACUGCAGCCUGACCCACCGACUGUCGACCCUCCAAAGCACCCG